GGUCGUCUGCUGGUUGUUUGAUGAUGUCAAAAAAAAGGAAAAACCCCAACUUCCUUGUAUCGACUCAAAUGUCAAACAGAAGCUGCUCGUCGCGGCACUCAUCAGCUGUGACAGACUCGUUCACUUGAGCGAAAAGACGCAGUCAACAGCUCAUCUGAGGAUUUUAAAGACUCUUACAACUCGCAGGUACAGGAACAUGAUCGGCCGCAGCGAGAGAUGAACGCUGAAGUUAUUCCCUUCCCUUCUGUACACCCGUGGACUGAACACCCCAACACGACCUCUCUGAACCUCACAUACUUUCACACUUCUGCAUGGAUCUUCCCUUCACUCCUCCCGGCUGCAAACUCCUCCGGCGCUUCCUGUGAGAGAAUGUAUCCCAGCGAACCCGACCCCUCACCGGACCCCCAGCACCUGGAGGCCCAGCUGGACUUCUUCCGCAAGCUCGGGUACUCCACAGCUCAGGUUCAGGCUGUUCAGCAGAAGUUCGGCCCCAACAUGGACACAGAUAAAGUUCUGGGGGAGCUGGUUAGGAUCGGGGCCAGUCAGGAGGCCAAGCAGGGACCGGUGACCACAAUGUCGGUGCUGGUGCCCAGAGGGGACCUCCAGGCUUUGGACCCCAACCUGCUGCUGCCUUUUACUGUAUGGUCUCCUCAGAUCAGAGAGGAGAGCGGUGAGGAUGAAGACGCUCUCAGACCCGUUGUUAUAGAUGGGAGCAACGUGGCCAUGAGCCAUGGGAACAAGGAAGUUUUCUCUUGUCUUGGAAUCCAGUUGGCUGUGAACUUCUUCCUGGAAAGAGGUCACACCGAAAUCCACGUGUUUGUUCCGUCGUGGCGGAAGGAGCAGCCCAGGCCAGAUGUUCCUAUCACAGAUCAGCACAUUCUGCGAGACCUGGAGAAGAAGAAGAUUCUGGUGUUCACACCAUCGCGACGUGUUGCAGGCAAACGGGUGGUCUGUAAUGACGACUGCUUCAUCGUCAAGCUGGCCUAUGAGUCUGAUGGCAUUGUCGUGUCCAACGACAUGUACCGAGACCUUCAGGGGGAGAAGCCGGAGUGGAAGCGCUUCAUUGAGGAGAGGCUGCUCAUGUACUCCUUCGUUAAUAACAAGUUUAUGCCUCCUGAUGAUCCUCUGGGCCGCAAUGGACCAACCCUGGAGAACUUCCUGCGGAGGGUCCCGAAGACCCAGAAAAAACAGCCAUGCCCUUAUGGAAAGAAAUGUACUUAUGGAAUCAAGUGUAAAUUCCACCAUCCAGAGCGAGCCAAACAGUCCAACCGCUCGGUUGCCGAUGAGCUUCGGGAGAACGCUAAGCACCCUUCCACCUCUCUGACACAAUCUUCAGCUUUCUCUAGUCCUGUGCCUGGACAGAGCCUCUCGUUGGUGGAGGAUAUGGGAAGGAAACUGACCCUGGGACACGAGAGUGGCUCCUCAAAGAAAGAUCAUAAAAAUGAACAUGUAGCUCAGGUGAAGGGGAGUCACCGCUCCAGCAAGAGGGCCACAUCUAGAAAGGAGAAGACAAGCCAACACUCGUCUUCUGACCACGGCUCAGUGCGGUAUAGUGGCUCUCAGGAACAGCUGGACUCUGGUUUAGGCUCCAUAGACAGUCAGCUAAUGGAGGCUCAGAGUGAUCACCAGUAUGGGGCAACAUAUGGGAGCUCUAAGCAUACCCACAGUGUAAGACAGCAGAACUGCCCUCCUAGAAGCGCACAGUGCAGCUGCUGCUCACACGGCCCUUCCUCUCGGGGGACCACACCAGCUUUCCUGCACCACAACCAGCAUUACAGCCUCGGGCCUGUCAGCAGCCAUAGCUCUGAUAUGAUUCACUAUGGCCCGCCUCAUUACGACAGCUACGGUGCAUACCCAGUCAGCAUGCCGGCGUACAGUCAGCCGACAGAUUUCCAGCACAGCAGAGUCCGCAGCCACCGCCACCAGCAGCGGUACUGGUCCGAUCCGUUCAGGGCUCAUCCUCCUGUGGUCCGCAGCCUGCCGGGGGAACGCUUACAUUGGGAGCCUCCUAAGGGGUCACAACCAAGUCCCGGCGGCGGGGAGGAGAGAGAGGUUGUCCGGAAGAAGCUCCUCGCUAUCUUCAGUGCCCACUUGGUGGACACGGCCAUGGACAUGUUUCCUCAGAUGAUGGAUCCACAGAUGCUGGUUGCUGAGAUCCUCAUGCUGCAGAAUCAGAACCGGUCACUGAGAUGAGUCCAGUUCCAGUCUGAACCCACGUCUUUCAGUGGAAAGACUGAAAAGAUAAACAUGAGUUUGUGUAUUUUUGUAUUGUGGUAUCCACCUUGCUAUAAACUGUAUUUGAAUGCUUUGGAACUAUGUUACAUUGUAAGUAGCCUCAGUGAACUGGAUAAAAUAAGAGCCAGUAUGCAGUUGAUACAAAUUGUAUCUUUAUUUAAAAAUGUAAAAGGAAAAAGUGGAUUUUAAUGCCACUUAAUGGGAUUAAAAGGGCAAACACCCUGUUACUCAUAAAAUGCACUCAGUGUCCACUUUAUUAGGUACAAUUUAAUGCAAUCCAGUACAACUGUUCUGCCAUAAAAUCUACUUUUAUUAUGCCUACUGAUGCUGUCACAGAGGUGUUAAUUUUACAUUUUGCAUGGAUGAGAUUUGAAACUCACAUAUAAAAAUGUGUUUGUGUCAUAUUGGCACUGUGCACCGCUUUCACAGUCAACUAUUAAAUAGGGUUGAACAAUAAUGAAUUUGUACCAAUCCUUCAGUAAAAGUGUCAUGAUGAAAUGAUAAUGUUGCGUUAUUGUGGUGCACAACUAAUAAAACCAACGCUUACUGUAAAUAAUAAUUAAAGGUGGGGUAUGCGAUUCUGGAGAAAUCCAAUAACAUGACAAAUACCAUGAUAUAGAGUGAACAACAACACAGCAAGUAAUGUAACUAACGUUAGCUGGGUUGUGGGUUAGCCAACUGUCCCUACAGAAAUGAAUGUCCGUGAGCAAGUCAUUUAACGUUACCUGACACACAAAUCAUGGCUGGAACAGUGCUGUGUGGGUUUUUUUCAGCGCACACGGACAGCUAGCAGACCAUGAGGAGAUAUUUGGUGAAUUUGACAAAAAGACGUAUUGGAUUAGAAUGGCAUACCCCACCUUUAAUCUCACAGAAAAUGAGAUUUGAAACUUAAAACUGGCUUUAUAAUGCUCUGUAUUCCCAGUUUUGUUUUUUUAAUGUGUUUUUGCAUUUGUUAUUGUGAUACUUUGUCCAUAUUGAGAUGAGAAUAUGAUAAAUUUGAUGUUCUGUAACUGUUUUGCUUUUCGGGAUCAGACCCAAGAUGAAAAUACGGCUGUCAGUAGAGCAUUAGUAGAGACAGUUUAACAAAAAUGUUUGUCAGUGUGUAAUUUAUAGUCACAUUCAUACUAUUACUAUGGUCGAUUGAGCAUGACAAAGCUGGAUGUUUUUCUUUCAAUGUUGUGUAACAGUUAUGAAUGUCAUUGUUACAAAAUAAAAAAUACUCUGAGUCAACUUAAA